AUGAGCUCCAUUAAUGACAUCCAAGAAAUUGACCAAGCUCAUCAUCUCUACUUCCCUUCAAAAGGGAAAAUACUUUGUUUGCAUGGCCAUGAUCAUUCAAAUGGUGCUAACAAUUCCUAUGCAUUAACUUGGCCCGAAGUUCUCCCUGCCGGAGCUAAACUCCUCUCAGGCUUAACCUUCGUCUCCGAAACCUUUUACGACUACACAAACCUUUGGCAUGGCUUGUCUGCCAUGACUCCAUUUGUGAAUUGGUAUCAAAACAAGCAUUGCAUGGUGCCAGAGAGAUGGGUACUGUUCCAUUGGGGAGAAUUAAGAUUGGAGAUGACACCAUGGUUAGAGACUUUGAUGGAGGUGAGCAUUGGCCGGAAAGUGAAGAUCGAGAAGUUUAACGACGAUGGAGAUAGACCUGUUUGCUUCGAGAAGGCAGUUGUUUUUAGGAGAAAUGAAGAAGGGAUGUCGAAGACGAAUAAGGAGAAAGUGUAUGAUUUGAUGAGAUGCAAAGCUAGAGCUUAUUGUGAUGUUGGUAGAGAUGAAGAUGGUGGUCAUGAUCAAUAUCAUGGUUUGGAGGAGGGGAAAAAGAAGGUGAUUAGGUUGACCCUUUUUUUAAGGGUUGGGUCAAGGUCUUUCAAGAAUGAGACCACGGUUGUCACCGUCUCCGGCGAGCAGUGCCGGAAGGUUGAUGGUUGCAGGCUAAGAGUUGCGCACUCUCAUAACCUUUCAUUUUGUGAUCAGGUAAGACUAAUGAGUGACACGGAUAUCUUAAUUACUCCACAUGGUGCGCAAUUGACGAAUAUGAUAUUCAUGAAUAAAAAUAGUAGUAUCUUGGAGUUUUUUCCGAAAGGAUGGCUAGAGUUGGCCGGAGUUGGGCAGUAUGUUUUCCGGUGGCUUGCUGAUUGGGCCGGAAUGAGACAUGAAGGAGCAUGGAAUGAUCCUAAUGGGCAAAAGUGUCCUUACACUGAUAAUGCAGAGUGUUUCACCUUCUAUAAAGAUGGUCAAGUAGGGAUUGAUGAGGACUUUUUGGUAAAAUGGCUAGCUAGGGUUCUCAAUGAAGUGAAGGAGCACAAGAACAAUAUUAAUGGACAAGCAAAUCUUAGUUCUAGUGCUUGCUCUUGUUCUUUAGUUUGA